UCUAUAAUGCCUGAAACCAGGUAGCAAAUGCCCUGUGUUAUUGGUGGCACCACUGCUGGUCUCCAUGCCUAGCCACUGCUUUGAACCCAUUCUGGCCCUUAUGGCCUUCCAUACACUGUUCCAACAUAUAAUAGGGAUCCUGCGUCUCUGCUGCCGUCGUCACCACCCGGAGCGCUCUUUUAACAUCUGCUGUCUCUAUACAAGCUCGCAUGGAUAUUAACUGAUUGACGUUUGUUUGCUUUGCUUCUCGGAGGCCUGGAAAUCCACGCUGUUUUGGAGAUUUCAGGAUUAUCGAGAUGGACGCACAUCCGGAUCAUGAGCGCUGCGAAGUGGUGGACCGAGGCGGACCGGAUGGCGCUGAAAGCCGCGAGCUGAAUGGAGCCAAGCGGCAGGCAGUCGUCUGGAGAAACGUUAUCCUCAUGGGUCUGCUUCAUGCUGGAGCAUUGUACUCCGUGCUCCUCAUCCCCAUAGCGCAUCCCUUCACCUGGAUCUGGUCCUAUAUAUGUUUCUUGAUCACAGCCCUCGGGGUUACAGCUGGAGCCCAUCGCUUAUGGAGUCACAGGUCUUACAAAGCCAAACUGCCGCUAAGGAUUUUCCUGGCUGCCGCCAACUCCAUGGCCUUCCAGAACGAUAUCUUCGAAUGGUCCAGAGAUCACAGGUCCCAUCACAAAUACUCUGAGACAGAUGCCGACCCCCACAAUGCAAGGCGAGGCUUCUUCUUCUCACAUGUAGGCUGGCUGUUUGUGCAGAAACACAAAGAUGUGAUCGAAAAAGGCAAGCGGCUGGACCUCAGUGAUCUGCUGGCUGAUCCUGUCGUUAUGUUCCAGAGGAAAUAUUACAAAAUCUCAGUGCUGGUGAUGUGCUUCUUCCUGCCCACUCUGGUACCAUGGUACUUCUGGGGAGAAAGCAUGUGGAACUCCUACUUUCUGGCCUCUGUCUUACGCUACACUGUUGCUCUCAAUCUCACCUGGUUAGUCAACAGCGCUGCGCAUAUGUACGGCAACCGGCCCUACAACAAGAAUAUCAACCCUCGAGAAAACCGCUUCGUCACAUUUGGAGCUAUUGGGGAAGGUUUCCACAACUUCCAUCACACGUUUCCUUUUGACUAUGCAGCCAGUGAAUUUGGCUUGCGCUACAACCCCACCACAUGUUUCAUUGAUCUCAUGUGCUGGCUCGGCCUCGCUAGCAACCGGAAGAGAGCCACACCGGAGAUGAUCAUGGCUCGGAAGCUAAGGACAGGUGAUGGGAGCACCUGAAAAACCGAAUGCAGCAUAGAGCUCUCAGCACCACUUAUAUAUAAGAAUGGCAAUGUAAAAGUGGAGUGUUGUGUUCUUUCUUUAAAAUGUCUUUACUGCUCAUCUGUCACAGAGCAAAUGAUUAUAAACAAGGUAACCAUUGUGCUGGCUUUAUAGAUUUAGCUCAAACUUGUGGACAUUUUUGGUUUCAUAGGGGAGUUGAUUUUAACGUGAAUCAUUUUGUUGCAUAUCUUUCUGAAUGCAUUGGUGACCAGUGUUUUUUUGUUUUUUCUUAGUUAGGCAAUCUAUGUAACUUUAGCAUUGAGCAAUGCAUCCACAUAUUUUGUAGCAUACUUAAGGUAGGAUACAUUAAUGCUAUGAUUACAUUUGCCCACAACUACCCUAUAAAGUAAUAUCCUAAUCUUAUUUUCAUUGUAAUCUGCCAUGUGCAGGCUUUGCCUUAAAUUGCUGCUUUUUGUAAUUUCACCCAAAACAGACACUUUAAUACAGUAAAGCCCAAGUUGUUCAUGUUUUUCGUGAGCACAUGGCCUAACUGAUCCAAAUGAUAAGGUGAUGAGUAAAUUUGCACUAUUUGAGCACGCAUUCAGUGCUAGAAGGAUUGCAUGGCUGCUCUUGUUAUCAUAUGUUAGCUAUCAGGUGCACGAUAUCAUGGCAUCACUAGGAAGAAAAAGAAAAUUAAAGUGAAACCACCUGUCAGUUUUCUCCUGUUGCUAACAUUAAUAUUAUAGAAAGGUUUACACGGAUUGUGUAGGAAUGCAAGAAUAAUGCAUACUUUAUUGUCUCCCAUUUUAAAAUUGAUUGCACAAGUUUGUUACAUGUUGGUCACAUUAAUGCCCUGAGUUAUUAGAUGAUUUAUAACCUAUUUUUGGAUUACUGUUGCAUAGCACACCAAAAAAGAAUCACACAUGUAGAAAUGACUUGCAUUCAGUCAAAUCCAUUGACAUGAAGGAUUUUGUGGAGUAGCAUAUUAUAGAUUUCCUCCAUUCUUUUUUCAUGUGUCGUUGCCCAUAAGUGCAUUAAUGUCUGGCUGUGUAACUUGUUGCUCUGUGUACAUCAAUGCAUGUAACUACUUUUGUCUUUACCAUGCUAUAGGAAUGAAGUUGCAUUUAGAUUCCUGGCAUUUUCUUGCAGUCAGAUUAUAUUAUACAAUGACUGGGCCUAGGGCCACUCUUCCAGACAAUGAAUAAAAAUAAAUAGUGAUAAUCUGACUCAUACAAAUAGCAUUACAUGUUGGUGCUGCUUAUAGGGAUAGAAACAAGAGUUCUGAGUUUUAAACCACAAUCUGAGUGCACAUUUAUGACUUUAUUAAUGAAUUUGGGAUUAUCUGGUAGCGCAAAAUUGUGCAAAAGAACCAGAGAGAGAGAGAGAGAGAGAGAGAACUUAUUCUUGACACUAACAUUAACAAACAAAUUUAUAUAAACAUAUAUUUUACAUUAGAAUUAGAGGAAUGGUUUGCCCUGAAACACAGUACAUGUGUGUAAAAUAAAUUAUUUGUGAUGUA